GAAGUUUAUUGAAAACGACUGUGCUGCCAUUCAUUGUUAGUGGGUCAAAGAGUACACUGGUGUCCUCAACAAGUUUCAUAAAAGCACCAGCGGAUCCUCUCGCCAAGGAGAAAGACACAAAAAGUGUAUACACAAGGCACAAACCUAUUGGUUUGUACAAGAAGCUACUUGAGAUCUUUUGUGCAGACAAAACUUUACAUUCAAUCGAUGCGUGCAGUGGAGCUGGUUCCUGUGGAUUGACAUGCGCAGAUGAGGGAUUGAAAUGCCUGAUUGUGGACGAAUGUGACGUCAAGAUUCGAUUAAUCAAGCAACGUCUUCAAUUGUAA